GCAAAUGGUAGCGGGAACGCGUAUAUACUAUACUACAUUGAUGUUACUCGCAAAUGAUGUAUGGUUAUAAUAUAUGUCGAGUAUAUUGCUGAAAAUGUUAUAAAUGCAUGUUUUUGCGACUGAGUGACAGGAUAAGGUUAUGUCUAAGCUGGUGUCAUAUUCGUCAUGGUUUUUAAGCAUUUAUUUAAUAUAUUGUGUUGGUUAUUGCUGUCUGCUAGAAUUGAUAGAUGAUAAAAGUGCUCAGAAAGAGACACCCUUUGAAAGGAAAGGGGAAUCUCUAGAAGAUGUAUUUGAUUCUGCUUUAGAGAUGCAGCGACGACGAGAAAUUGCUGAAAACUAUUUAAAGGACUUGGAGAAGGGAAAAGAACAUUGGGUAGAUCCAUAUGAUAUGCUGAAUUAUCCCGAUCAUCAAAUUGUGACUACAGAGCAGCGGCAUGUAGCUAACUUUGAUUCCAAAAUGAAAGAAGGCGUAGUUGCGCCUUUUAAACAAAUUUAUUCUACUUCGCUUCCAGUUAAGAAUGAGGUGUAUAUGGAUAAUGAUAUGAAACCUAUGUUUAGUGAUAUUAAAGGAGAAGUGAUUGGCAGUAAUAAAUUUGUCAGUGACGGUAGCACUUUUCCAAAUAAUUUCAAAGAAUCCACGAGAAUUUCUGAUGGUGAUAAACUAGAAACAUGUAUUCUUGACAGCAUUUACAUUUCCAGAUGGAUUAAGAAACUUAUUCACAAAGUUGAGAGAGAAGCGUCUUCAGAGUCUGAAAUUAAUUAUUUUACUUUCCAAAUGAAUAAGGAUUUUGUGGAUAGAUUGCAAAAAAUGUUGUUGUCUAAAACCUUCGAUGUUGGAGAUCUUGAUGCUGUCAUUUCAGAUUUUGUUUCAAAAGCUGUAAUUACGAGUGAAAAAGAAAAAGAGUAUUUAGCUGUUAUUACCUAUUUGAUACCAUUUAUUUGGAUGUUUGCUUCCAUUAGCAUUAUUUUGAUUGUUUCUUAUGUUAUUCUGCAGUGGUUGUUACAUCAUCCAUGUCUUACAUUGUUUUGGUUUCUAGUCUUUAUUUCCAUAAUGUGGCACUGGAUGCAUUUGUAUAAGCAAAAGUUAGCAUAUAAGCAUGCUGAGCUGUCAUCUAUGACUGUACCAUCUCAGUGUAGAAAGGAUGAAUUUGGUAUCAUUGGACAUAUUCAAGAGUAUAUAAAAAGUUACUUUCAUAGCAAUGACUGUCAGAAAUAUUAUGAAGCAUUAAUGGUUGAUCCAUUUUGGGAGGUAAGCUUCACUGUUGCUGCAUCGGAAGCUUUUGCCGCGAUGCUCUUUCAACCUCUGAGUGCAGCUUCUCGUUCUAUAAACUCUGCUGCAAGACAGUUAUUUGAUGGGUUGUCAAUUUUUACUAUAAUACCUCUUACCAUUUUCUUAUUUCUUAUUAUUGCAAUGCUGUUUAAUUACAAAAUUAAGUUUCCAUUUUUUAUGGGAUCUUUGGAACCCAGUACUUCUGCUCUAGGUAAUCAUAUUGAAGAUUUGAACUCAGCUAAAAGUUUAUCCCACCAUAAAAAUGAAAUAUUGAAUUCCAUCUCUGGUAAAUCUAAUGAGAAAAGAAUGGUUGCACAUGCUUCCAAUUCUAUGCUUGGAAGGAAUGAAAGUUUUUAUGUUCCAAAGCAAAGCAAUAAAAAAUUGAAACCUAAGCUUUUAUCAAGAGAGGUUUGUGGUGUGGAUGACAUGCAACUCUAUCCCAAUAGUUAUGAAGAACUGUGUCCUAGUCAUUCUUCAGAACUUGAAAGUGAAUGUACAGAAUGUAAGAAUGUGAGUGAUAGUUCUGAUAACACAUAUUUACCUUCAGAUAGAGAGGAAACAGUUGAUCAAGUAAAAGAAGUUAAUUUAAAGAAAGAUAUUUGCAAAUGCUCAAACAUGAUUAAAAAGGAAUCAGAUAUGAAAGUAUGUGAUACUAUAGUCAAUUCGAAGGACACAUUUAAAAAAAGCGAAAGUAUUGAAUUUUGUUGAAUAAAUUAAAAACAAUUUUACAUGUUGUGUGAAGAAAAGUUCUGUCAAUGUGCUACAUUUGUUUUGAUGAAGUAAUUGCAAUUUUAAAUGCUCAUACUAUGCUGUUACAUUUUGUGAGGAGUGCUUUCGUUUUCAGUGUUGAAUUGCUCAUUCCUGUUUUUAAAUGAAUAUAAUCAUUUGUAUUGUAAGAAUUAUAUUGUGCCAUAAUAAUGCAAGAUGUGUAUACAUCUCGGAAAAUUUUACUGUUUAUGUGUUCUGUGAUAUAAAGUCGCACUGGAAUAAAGUUUAUUUUUUGUUUGAUUAUUCCUGAGUGCAACUUGGAGUGGAGAAGUUUUUUAAAUGUUAAAAACUGAUUAUGGUGUAUUAUUGAUGUUGUUAUUACUGUCAUAUUAUUGAUGUUAGCAGUGCAGGUCUGAAGCUUUAUUAUAAAUGUCCCUAAGUAAGUUGGAUGUUAUGUAAAAAACCCUUUUUAACAUGUUUUAUUGGCAGUACUUAAUGUCCUUUGAGUGUUAAAAAUAUUGGCUCUAUAUAUAAUAAUAAUAAUAAUAAGUGUUAAAAAUAUUGGCUCUAUAUAAAGAAUAAUAUGCUAUGUUAUUCUAAAUAAAUUCUUCAAAUUAAUAGAAUUUGUUAAAUUAGUUAUUACAAAAGUAUCUCUGGCUUUUAUAAAUUUGUUCUGUUAAUAACCUAAGAUAAAUUUCUAUUAUAAAAACUUGUUCAUAAAUAAAAAUUCUGAUUUGCAUGGA